GAAGUCGUCUGGUGUCUCCCACAUCUAUCGGCUGUCGGUCUGGGCCGUCGGCAGAUCAAGUUGCAGAGCGGCAUUUGCGCUCUUUGGUUCCAGUCAGGACCUCGGGCUGUCAACGCGUUGCAGCUCCGUGUGGAUGUGCGGGGCUGCUCUGGGUUCAUGGCCUGUACUGGCGGUGGAUCAGCUGCAGCUGAACACUCCGAGAUGAUCCGAGCUUUCCGCAGCUGCAGAGUAACACCGGCCCGGGAACGCAGCGAUGUUUUUCAGACGGAGAGCCAGGAUGUUGCGGUGGCUGGUGUGUGGACGGCUGGGACCAGUUUGGAUGUGGAAAGCACUUCUGCUUUUUCUGGCCAUUGCUUUUGCUGGCCAGCUGCUGGGGAUCAUCUUCAACAAAAGCAAUGUGCAGCCAGCUGCACGAUCCAUCUUUUCUUCGCCUGAUGCUCAAGGCCCGUCACUGGGAUCCUGUCAGCCCCACACUCACAUCAUGUUCCUCAAGACCCACAAGACAGCCAGCAGCACGGUGCUCAACAUGUUGUACCGCUUCGGAGAUGAGCACAACCUCCGCUUUGCCUUGCCACUGGGAUACCAGCUCGGCUACCCGCUGCCCUUCAACGCUCAUAGGGUGAAAGGGUACCGAGGUCCCAGAGCCAUCGAAUUUCAUAUCAUGGGCAAUCACAUGAGGUUUAACAAGCCAGAGGUGGAGAAAGUGAUGCCUACAGACACUUUCUACUUCUCCAUAGUCAGAGACCCAGUCGCUCUAGCUGAGUCUUCGUUUGCCUAUUACAAAGAAGUGGCCCCGGCCUUUCGGAAAGCCAAAGGAUUGGGGGAAUUUGCAGAUGACCCAAAGCAUUUUUAUGACCCUCGCCUACGAAACAACCACUAUGCCCGCAACCUGCUUUGGUUUGACUUUGGCCUUGACCACAAUGCCAAUUUCUCUUUUGCACUUGCUCGGAUUGGAGAGGACAUGAUUCGAAGGACCUUUAAGCUGAUUCUUGUUUCCGAGUACUUUGACCAGUCCAUGAUCCUCUUAAGACACGCUGUUUGCUGGCCACUGGAUGCCGUAGUCUCCUUUAGCCUAAAUGCUCGGCAGCAGAAGCCCAGCAGCACUGGUGGAGUGGGUGGGAGCUGGAUGGGGAAAGCGGCAGCAGCAGCUGGUGUUGGCAUCAGAGGUGGGCAUGCUCAAGCAAAAAUGCCACCAAAUCUUUCCCUAACAGAGGAGCAACGGGAAAAGCUUAGACAGUGGAAUGCCUUUGAUUGGUACCUUUACAAAGCCUUUAACAAAACGUUCUGGGAAGAAAUUGACAAGUUUGGUCAUACUCGGAUGGAAAAAGAAGUAAAUCUUCUCAGGAUGCGGAGGGAAGACCUUGCCCGGGUUUGCCUCAGAGACGGGGGGAAACCUGUGGAAGCUCACCGAAUCCGAGACAAAAACAUUCGACCAUUUCAAAGUGGAUUAGUUAAAAUUCUUGGCUAUGAGCUCCAGUCAGGGCUAGACAAUGUCACUCGGAUAUCGUGUGUGAGGAUGAUCAGGCCGGAGAUCCAGUACAAAGACGUGUUGGAUUCUAAACAGUUUCCACAGGCCCAUGGACUCCAAGCUCAGCAACAGAGCCAGAGGCUGAUGGUAGCAGUUGGAGGGACCUUUUUAAAACAAGAUCCACCCAGGAAAGGAAUAAAGGAGAUGGGAGGAGACGGAGUUGGAGGAAAGACUCUGGAGGAGGGAAUUAAAGACUGGGAUGGCAGCCAUUUAAUUAGAACCAACCAGACUUUGGUACGAGGAAAUGAAAAAGGAAGGCUUAGAUAGAAAUCCUUUGUUUCCUAUAUCUAGAGCCUUGAAACGGCUUAAAAAUGAACCAAUUAUAGUUUUGUUUACCUGUGUGAAAACAAAAAGGUGUUCUAUUUUGGCUUGUUUUCAUAAAUACUAUCAUAGCUGUAGUUAAUGUUGUGGUGAUCAGAUGUUUGAAAAGCAGCAGUUGCUAGGGUUGGGGGGUAUUUAUUUUCGACAUUGUUUAGCAUUCGUCAGAUUAGAUCCUGUAUAUGGUAUUACUGUCUGUUACUAUUAAUUACAUAAUUACCAUGCAACAGCUCAUAUUUAUGUGUUUACUGUUAUCACAUCACCAAACAAAAUAAUUUCACAUGUCAAACAUAAAUGUCUAUAUACCAUAGUGUCCUUUAUUAAUUAGUCAGCUUUUCUUCUGCACCUUCCUCCAUGGUGUGCACACUUAACUGACUCUGGCUAGAUGGAUAUAGUUCCGCCGAGCUCCUCAUGGCUCCACACAUCCAUCUGGAAUCACUGCCAGUAGGAGGAAUUUCAAUACCACAUAAAAUGGAUGAGCCAAUCAGGAUCGCUGGGCGGGAUUCUCGUAGAUGUGACGUAUCGGAAAAGCUACUGUUUGGAUUCAGACAACAAUGGAAUCUCGCAGCGAGGAAGCAAGCGGUGACCAGAUGUCGCAGAGUCUCCAUUUUGGGUGAUCUGUCCUCGGCAAAAGAGUUUUCACUCUAAAUACCUAUCUAAUGGUAAAAGGAAGACAAUUGUUUUAGAUGGUGUUAGUCAUCUUCUGCUUCAGUUCGCCCAUCUUUUACAAGCUGUAAAACUGCAUCUUGAGAACUCCGCAGAACCACACUUUGACUAUUUCUUAGAUUUUUUAAGUAGAGUUCUGUGGAAAGGUUAUGGGUGUUUAGUACCUGCAGUAGUUAGCUCCUGACCAUAUGAGAUCGGAUAAAAAAAGAAAAGGGUUCAGAUUAUGCCACUAAGAUAACACUUAGUCAUAUCAGACUAGUUAUGUAGUUUAUGCAAAUGUUAUCUUCUUAAAUCUUUAAACCACCGGCACAUUUGUAUGACAUUUGUUUUACCUCAUAUUUAUUUAUAUUCCUAGUUACGCUAAAAUGACCUUACAUUGGACAUAUAGAACAUAUAAAUGUAUCUGAAUGAGAAAGUAAGGCUUUGCACAAAUCAAGGAAACAGUGUUGACUUCUAAUAUUUUUGUUUUUGCACUAUAUAAUAGGGCUGGGCGAUACGGCUUAAUAACAAAUUCUCCAAUUCUAUUAUACCAAAUCUGAAGUGAAGCUAAGGACAAGGUUCACUACACCUGUGUAACCUCAAACUGAUUUGAAAAAAUAAGUAAAUGAGUAAAUUAAAGUGUAUUAGUGUUAUGGUUAAAAAGUUAAAAACUUUCCUCUUUACAAUAUAUUUUCCUAAACAUAAAUACAGCAUUGUAUGAGAUCCAAUGAGUGCAUUGGCAAAGAAAAUCCAGAUUUUUCUCAAAAUUACAUCUUAAAAGAAUUGUAAAUUUGAAUUAAUCAAUUAAAUUGUGUUAUUGCCCAGCCCUACUACAUCACUUUUGAAUUCUGAGAUCUUAGCUUAGAGUACAGUCCAAACUUUCUUUAUCUUUACCCAAACUGAGUGGAAUGAAGAAGUCGGCCGCUGCAGGUUAUAUACUAACUCCUCAUAAGCUCUCCCCAGAACAAAACAGUCUGAAUUAUCCUUUCUAGCUGUAGAUUUCACUAAUUAGAAAGUCUUCCUGUUACACAGCAAGUAUGGCAUUGAGAAGCUGCGCAAUACUUUUUAUCUGAGUACAGCCCACAUUAAAUUCAAACCCAAGUUUUUAAGCACAGUAUCCAAAGUAGUGCACUGGCCAUUUCUGAAUAGGUAUUACUACAUUACCACCCGACCCUAGCAUUACCGAUAUCAGAAAGCUGCAUGUCUGUUCUGCUUGGUUUUUAUAACUUUUAAAAUGUUGGUACUGCCUUUUAUUGUAUAAGAGAACUGGAGCCUGUUUCCUGGUUGUAAGAGUUUUCAAAUUAAGCUUGAUGUAAUGUGCAAGACUUUAUAAAACAUUUCCCUCUCUCAUCAACUCCA